AUGUUGAAAGAUGAAAAGGCUGCUCCUAUAUCCGCAGGUGCCAGGGCCUGUCAUAUAGCCUUUGAGCGAUGCCUCCAGAGUGCUUCUCAUCCGAUGCUUGGUGUCCGUCAAUACUCAUAUACUGAGGAUCAAAUGGCGCGAUUCUCGAUUUGGACAUCAAAUAUGGCCGUGUUCGCUGCUUGGAGAUUCAGUUUGGAUUAUCGUCUUCGCGAAGCAGAUGACGUUCAGAGAUUGAUGCUAGGCAUGUUGGAAGUCUUGAAAGGUCGGAUAUCAGAAUGUGUAACCUUUAUCUCAACCUUGCCUGAUACACAAUACCACAAUCUCCAAGUUUCGUCAAUGCAAGUACACGCCGACUUUGAGAGACUGACAACGGCUCUCGCAUCUCAAGUUGGGCUAUUCCACGAAGUCUCCAACGUGAUUCGAAAAGCGAGUAGACAAACACAAAAUGAAAUCGCUGCAUCAUCAUUUCGUAUCAGAGAUCAGGAAGGUAAUGAUUUGGAGAAUGUUCUCCAGGGCUUUCUUGACCGCAAUAUUCGGGAUCGCUUUCCUCACAGUAACUCAAUAAUUCGUGAAAGACUCGCGUCGACCAUGGUCCUACGUCGCAGAAGGAUCCUGUAUCGACGCGCUCGCUACGCAACAACAUCAAUCGAGCCUCAACAGACGCCAACGGAUCCGACAAGAGCAACAAGCCAUGUUCAUUCAAUUUCGAAGAGUGCUACCACAUUGAAUACAGACAAUUUUCGAAGAGCAUACAGCCCAUCAGCCGUCUCAAGCGCCUCAUACAUAAGUGUUGGUGCUUCGCAGGAUUGGGUCUUCCCAUCGCCCCCACCGACUCCAGAAGACCCCUCUGUCGAGGUGACCUGCCCGUACUGCCUUUACGUCCUUCCAGGCCAUGAAUUUCAAAACGAGACAAGAUGGAAGAAGCACGUCUUGGCCGACCUCGACCCACUGGUUUGUCUAUUUGACCAUUGCGAUGAGCCACAAGUUCUUUACAGUCAUAGAAAGGACUGGUUACAGCAUAUGCACAAACACACCGAACGUUGGCAUUGCAAAGCCAAGUCUCAUGGCUUGCGGAAAUUUGGAACAUUCGAAAAAUUCUUACUUCAUAUGAAAGACGACCACACGAAGAACUAUAACGACUCGCAAAUAGACCUUCUUGCGGAGAGGGGAAUUCAGUCUGAUAGGCAACUAUUUGAGAUUUGUCCUCUCUGCGGAAUCUCCGAGAAACAUGACAGCGUAACUCAAGGCAACAUGAUUAGACACAUCAUGGGUCAUCUGAGAUCACUGGCUUUAAAAUCUCUUCCCCCACUCUACUUGGAGAAUGAUGACGCCGUGCCCGACGAUGAAGAUAAUUCACAACAGACUCGCAGCACAAUCAAGAAUUUUGCAAGCGAUAAUGACGGCCCGUCUUCCUUCGAUUGGUUGCUUGAGCCUGAAUCUCCAUCCUUGGAUGUUGUCACACGAGAUGGGCCGCACACAAUCGAAUUUCGUAACAGCCCUUGGGAAGAUUUAUUACAAACUCAAGCGACAACCUCACAGCCUAUUCUGGAUCCGGGUCCAUCUGCUCUAUCAGACGCUAUAGCAAGUCCCAGUGAAAACCCACAGUCACAACCUCAAGAGCCGGAAAGAAGAGCGUGGGAAACCUACGAGACUAAAAUCAGGGAGCUAUACGCAAAGCACACACUGAAAACGGUUCGCGAAAUUAUGGAGAGAGAAGAUGGAUUCGUCGCAUCGUGA